UUCAUCAAUAAUAGUUUCGAAUCGGUUUGAAAGUUAACAUGGUUGUAAAAAUUUGACAAAUUUAAUCAUUUUAAAAUAUUUUGUGUUUGUGUUGAUGUGUUACUGUUCUUCGUGCUUGUCAGUCUAUUUGUAAUCAUUUUUCGUGUUUGAGAAGUACUGCAACAUUGCAUACUUCGAUAUAAUUCUAGGUCUAGAAAAAAACUAUUGAUUGCAUAUGAUGGAAGUCUUUCAAACUGAUAGUUAUUACAUUUUUGUGCGAAAAGAAAAAAGUUUAUGGUGGAAUCGAUUGACAUCGGAAUAUGAGGUCAAGUCUGGCUGGGAUCUUUCAUCAGUAGAUGAUAUUGAAUGUAUCGGCAUUACUCACGGAAUUGUCGGAACAAUAUGUCUACAAGGAGUUCUCGAUCCACAUUUAAUUAUAAUCAAAGAGGCAGUUCCGGUGGGAGUGUUAUAUGCACCACAUUUGGUGUACAAAAUCAAAAGCAUUUGCAUAUUGGGUGCAGAAGAUCCAGAUACGAUACUUCUCAAUUGUACGAAGCACAAUACUAAUAGUAUUAAAACAAUGCCUAAUACAGACCCGGUUCAUGCAGGAUCAGUUUCGGUUAAUCCGUCCAGGAAUCGUUUGUUCGAAAGUUCUGCAUUGGUUAACAAAACAUGGGGUGCUGUAAAAAGUGCUGGAAGUACAAUAAAAAAUACUACGGAAAAAGCGGCAGCUAUUGCUUCGAGUCAAGUUAAGUCUACAGUCGGGAUGGUGGUUAAAGGUCCAGUUCAAAUAGAAAAGCGCGUCAUGGACGAGUUACACCGCAUUUUCGAUGACAGUGAUAGUUUCUACUACAGUUUAGACUGUGAUAUUACAAACAAUCUACAACGACGUUCGGAAGCAUCAGAUGAUCGAUUUUAUUGGAAUCGUAACAUGUUGAAAGAUGUUAUCCGGCUUAAUGACAAUGAUUGGGUAUUGCCUAUCAUACAAGGCUAUGUGCAAGUUGAGCAGUGCGUUGUUGGCAAUGAAUGCUUUACAUUAGCACUUGUUUCGCGGCGGUCAAGAUAUCGAGCAGGUACUCGGUACAAACGACGCGGUUGCGAUGAGGCUGGCAAUUGUGCAAACUACGUCGAAACAGAGCAAGUACUGUCACUGCGUCAGCAUCAAAUUUCAUUCACGCAAGUGCGUGGAUCCGUCCCAGUUUACUGGAGCCAACCGGGGUACAAGUAUCGACCACCACCAAGAUUAGACCGAGAUGAGAACGAAACUCAUUUGGCAUUCGAAAAACAUUUCGAGCAAGAAAUCAAAAUUUACAAAUCAAUUUGUGUAAUAAACCUAGUGGAGCAAACUGGCAAAGAGAAGGUCAUAGGAGAUGCGUAUGCCAAUCACAUUCUUCGAUUCAAUUCUGAAAAACUUAUCUAUGUUACUUUUGAUUUUCAUGAGUAUUGUCGUGGAAUGCGUUUCGAGAAUGUGUCGUCUUUAAUUGAAGCGCUAGCACCAGAGGCAGGGUCAAUGGGUUUUCAUUGGAGGGAUCAUAAUGGACCCAUAUGCAAUCAGAAGAGCGUGUUUCGAGUAAACUGUAUGGAUUGUCUGGACCGGACCAACGUUGUACAGACUGCUAUCGGUAAAGCAGUGCUCGAGUCACAGUUGGUAAAAUUAGGACUAGCGCCACCAUAUUCUCAACUCCCAGACCAACUAAAAGGUCCCUUUAUGACACUAUGGGCAAAUAAUGGAGAUGUGAUCAGUAGGCAAUAUGCCGGAACUAACGCGUUGAAGGGUGAUUAUACGCGAACUGGUGAGCGUAAAAUUAGUGGCAUUAUGAAAGAUGGAAUGAAUUCGGCGAACCGUUACUUCAUACAACAUUUCACCGAUUCAUUUCGCCAGAGCUGUAUUGAUUUGAUGUUGGGCAAUUUAGUAGCCUAUGAACCUAUCCUAGAAGAUGAUAUUAACACAGCAUUGGUUGGUGUCACUAUAAACGCUAUCACACCAUCUCGUCAUGCUCCUUUGGAGUACUACAACCACGGUCUAAUGGGUGUCGAACACAUGAUACUGGAAGAGUUGUUUGUUAGUGCCAGUUACUACUUAGCUCGUUUUAAGGACACGUAUCGUCAAGCAACAAUUGAUAUGAUGUUAGGUAACACUGUCUCAGCUGAAUCAGUUAAUGCUCUCGGUGGCCAAGCUGGAGUGGUAGAUGAAACGGAUGCCUUAGAAGGUGCGGAACAUGCACGAUUAUUGGUUGAGGACUGUCGUCGAUUGCUACUUGGUACUACUCAGUUGCCUGUUGGCGCCUGGGGCCUUAUCGAUGCUGACCCAAGUUCUGGCGAUCCGAACGAAACCGAAGUGGAUACUAUUCUUAUUCUCACGGACGACUGCUAUAUAGUUGCUGAGUACGAUUCUCAUUUGGAUAAAAUUGUUCGCUUCGAGAAUGUAUUAUUGGAUAAUAUAGUGUUGAUUGAACUAGGUCUAUUUCAACAUAAAAAAAUGUUCCAAGGGCCAGCCUUAGCUCAUUUGUGCAUUCGUCUGAAUUAUACUGUGGAUAACGUAGAUGGAUAUUUUCACAUGUUUCGUUCUCCAAAUAUUCGCUUCUUCAACAACGUAGCAGUAGUCAUCAGAAAAUCGGAAGAAAUCACUGAAUCUCUCACUGCAAUUAUUGACCUGUUUCGUAUUACACUAGCAAAUCGCGGACGAGAUAAUGUUCCUUUCCAAUGUGGAGGAAGUUUACAGAGAAGAAAAAGUCGUACGCUCCUUUCUGUACCACAAGGUAUUCCUAGAAAUCUCUCAGAAUCUCAAUUGGUUCAAAUGGGCUCGAAAGCUCUGAGUAAUGUAGCAGGUCAAUUUUCAAAAAUUGGGCAAAGUUUGAAUCCGGUGAAAAUAGGGCGAUCAUCUGCAGGUAAAAAACUCAAUGCUGCAACUCCACUACCAUACGUAUAUACUGCGCAGAUUGCCGAUGAAGCAGAACGGGGAAAAUUCACUGUCGGGUCACGUAGUUCUAGCUUAAAAAAAUUGGAAGGUUCGAGCUCAGAAUCAGAAGAGGCAGAUGCUAGCAUUUAUGAGCCUGACGAUAGGGAUUUAGUGGAAGAGAAUCCAUUGUACAAUGAAAAUGUAUUCCUCCCCUCAGUUGGAAUAGUUAUGAGUGGUUCAGGAGGAGGUACUGAGGACAAUUUCAGUUCAAUGUUGACUGAGAAGGAUUGUACUGCCAAGAUGUCCUCAGACGUUUCGACUAUGUCGAUAUCUUCUGUUACAGACCACAUUAAUAUGCCAGUAGGAAUGCUGGAAUGUGCUUCGCCGAUCCGAAGCCGAAGCCCAAUGCCUGAUAUUCGAGUAGACGAUGACGACGUAACCGGUAAUUUGGAGAAAACUUGCGACGGGAAAAUUGGAAGAGAUCUAACACUGAACCUUUCCGGUAAGCAAGGUGAAAAUGCAUUGAACCAAUUGAAAAGGUUAACAAGUCCCCUUUCCAAUAUCGGCAAAGGACUUCAAACGUUGAGCGCAAAUCUAGAUCCAAGGAAAAUUGCUGUUAAGACACCAACUCUCCCGACUCGCAACUCCGAAACGCCAACUGCUGAAAUUAAGCGUCUGGAGGAGAAAUGGGAAAAAGCUCAAUGUCGCAGCAAACUCAUUGCACUUUAAACGGUCAACUAAAAAUCUAGCACUACGUUGUUGCACAUGAAAGGAAAUUAUGGCUUCGCUAAAUUAGCCGUUUCGCAUCUAAAUGAUUACUCAGUUAGAAUUUAUGCUACAUAAUGUGAUUUUGUUAUAAUGAACGGGGUUAGAGUAGAAAUGCUAUAAACAACCUCAUGCACCAAUGAAAACAUUAUCUUAGACAUUCCAAUACGGAACAUGAUAUUGUGUUUCGGCAGACUUUAUUUUGAUCUUUGAUCUGAAACAAAUAUUAUUUUCUAUCACAUUCAUUAAAAUUUUGGAAAAUAUUUGUGUUAUCCCUUAUUAAUAUUACUUGAGGUAUUGUGAAAUCUAUAGUAUGUUAGUAUGAGGUAUUAUGAAUACGAUAGUAUGUUAGUUCAGUCGAAAUAGUCAAAAAGUGCACAAAUGAAGUCAGAGAUUUUUUUUCCAAUUAUGUAAAUAGGUAAUUUUAAAGUAAAGCAUUGGUGCUCAAUUCCGAAUACAGUAAUACAUACAGUAAUAGAAAAAUUAGAUUCACUUAUCUGAAUAUUACAAGUGAGUUCACCAAAGCAGCUUUCAUCGUUUUAGGCCAAAGAUCAUAAUUAAAGUUACAUCAUGAAUACGACUGUAUGGAUCUAUAGAUUUAAAGAUUUGUCACCAAUACUAGUAUUACUGUAUGAAUAAGGCAUUGGCUAAACUAAAAUCUGUCUCUUUUUAUCCAACUUAGUCUAAGUAAAUUUUAGUUUUAAAUAUUAUGUUGUACGUGUUAUGUAUAUUAUAAAUGAUCUUCCAAUUCAAUCUGAUGACUUAACUUUGCAUUGAUAAUAGAAAAAAAAUCAUUCAUUUUCAUAAAUCGAUAACUUGUGAAAUUUUGAUUAAUUCAAUAUUUGCUAUCCUUGGCGAUGCUUCCUUUUUGUAAUUUUUAAUUUCUUUUCAACAUACACUCGAAUAUACCAUUUUUCAAAUUAGCUUCGUUUUAUCUCAAUACUACUCUGUCAAACCAUUGCAAGCGAUUUUUUGAGUUAUUUUUGUGUCUGUCUAAUAAAGAAAGUUAAAUGGGAUUUAACUAUAAAACAUAUAACCAGAGCAACAAGGUCACAUAAGCCAAGAGUGUCAUCAGAGUCAAUUAAAUGAAUACAUUAACAUACAACAAUUUAAUAUAAAUAUAUUUGCUAGAUAUAAAAUAUGAUACUGAUGUUAUUUUAUGCUGUUAUUAAAAAGGUUUCUGUUUUGAAGAAAUUUGCAAAUUAACAGUAAAUAGGCAUAUUCCCUAUACAUUGGUAUUUUAUCCCAGGCCUAAAAGUCAGCUUAUAAAAUUCUGAUGCUGAAUUUGAUAUGUUUUCCUCCAUACGAGGAAUUUAUUCACUGUAUAAGAAUAUUCAACAGCUUUGUUCUCAAAUAUGAGAAUCGUAUAUAUUGUAGAAAAUAUGGAAACACUCAAGAGCAAUAUUCCAAACAUAGCUUCAA